GUAUUCCUUAGCAUUUCGAUAACUGCAGUGCUCGCAAACCUUGAGAGAUAAAGAAAAAUACGGAAGUUAAUAAAGUUAAUAAAAAAUGUACUUUAAUAAUUAAUUGAUUCAGUGCUCAUUGACAGUGCUCAGUCAUCGGCGAUAGACAACGAUUACCUGUGCCAGUUGCAAACAGCAGAGUGGUUUCUUUUCCUUAAGGAGGUAACACAAGGUUGGCGACACACCGAUGAAUGGCGACACAGGGUAUUGGCAUAUUUUCUUAUCUGAGCCACGCGCAUUAUCACCUCUAAUAUGCAAUAAAUUUGAAGUAUUUGCCGCAUUGCUCGUUUGAAUGUUGCAAGUGAAGUUACACGUUCAUCAUGACGAAACUCGAUGAUCAUGUUGCUUCAAUAUGUACUUUACUUGGGAUAUGGUAACGACUGGUUGGCUACUCAAAAACCCAAAACUUGGCAGAUUUUUCCUGACAUUAAUUACGCUGAAUAUCGGCGCAAUAUCCGUUGGGCUGACGAUGGGACUACCGAAUGUUAGUAUUCCAGAAUUCGGUGAUUCCGCGAAUACCGAGACGGACGUUGCUCUAGAAAACGUCUCUCUCGUCGAGACGUCUAUUUUUAUAGGCGCCAGUCUUGGCGUCUUAGUACCAAUUUUCAUCGUCGAUGUUUAUGGGAGACGCACGACUUUCAUUGUCUUUGGAGUUGUUAAUGCUAGUUCUUGGAUUUUACUUGCUAAUGCGAAAGACAUGGUGUUUAUCAUUACGGGCUCAUUCGUCGGCGGCUUCGCUGUAGGAAUAUUUCUAAUAACCGCUACUCUCUUUGUCAGCGAGAUCUCGCUGCCAGAAAAUCGUGGGACAGUCGCUACAAUGACAAGCUUAUCAGGCUAUUUUGGAAUAUUUAUUAUUUGUUAUCUGGGAAUACACGUGGACUUGCAAAUCCUGGCACCAGGAAUAAUAGGAUUUACCAUAUUUUUCAUAAUAUCCACAUCGCUAUGGAUGAACGAGUCACCAUACUAUCUGUACAAAUGUGGAAGGGUACUGGACGCUAAAUUAUCUCUGAUGACUUUACGUGGCAAAACCACAAUUUUGGAAAUCGACGAGGAGCACAAGUCAAUGGUACAAUUUUUCAAUUCCGAAAUUGAAUAUCCAACAAGAGUUAAGAGGAUGAUCAACUUGAUGUUUGGCUCUGGGAAAAUGGAGAUGUCGAUGAUGUUCCUACUACUGACACUGUGCACGACUCAAGUGAUUGGUGGCUACGCAAUGACCAAUUACGUUGAUUCUAUCGUGAGCACGCAGCUGCCCCGAUACGGUACCGUUUUCCUUGCCCUUAUGAACUUUGUCUCAGUAGUAUGUUGUCUGGGUACGAUCGAAAAAAUCGGACGUAAGUUCAUACUGAAAUUAUCGUGUAUCGGGUCGUCUACCUGCUAUUUGAUAAUAUUCAUAUACAAUUUUUAUUAUGGGACCAAAUGCGAGCCUGGAAACGGGACGGCAACAUCACUGAUAAUAAUAAUAGCAAUAUAUUACAUAAUCUAUACAUUUGGCGUGAUACCGGUAAUACCGGUACUGACCAGUGAGAUCUUUCCAAACAAGAUAAAAACAGUAGCAAUAGGAUUCUGCUUUUCCUCUGUGUAUCUGGCCAACUUGAUAAUAGCAUGGUUGUACUUUUCAUUGAGCCAUCUCAUGGGAGUCUGUCCUACGUUCGCCGUUUUCACGUUCACCGGCGCCAUAGGACUUCCCGUUAUCAUUUGGUCAUUGCCAGAGACCAACGGUAAGAGCUUGUAUGAGAUUCAACAUGAAUUAAGAGACGAAAUCAUAGACCCAGUGAUCCCUUCGUAUUAACCUUCCGGUGGUGAGCCGUGGCCUGAGGAACGUGACAGAUGUACCUAGGGCGAGAAAAAGGGGGGAAGCACUGAAGGGGUAAUUUUUGAAUAUUUAAUUCUUCACCAUACUCGUUUUUUUAUUCAUAUGGACUUCCGUACGCAUCCAUAUGAAUUAAGCAUUGUAUGUCCAUAAUCAUUAAUCAGUUUGAUUCUUAGACAUUAUCUUCUAAUAACACAGUGUAGAUUCUGUAUUUUGAACCAGAUCUCAGAUAAUGAUUAUUGUCCGUCUGGUUUGAUCGAAUGAAAUCAACAAUGAUAAUUAUGAGCGUUCAGUAUGUCUGCACUAGAAAAAUUAUUAUUGUUAUGGUCAUCUAUGUCGAUAUAUAUAUAUAAUAUACACAUAAAUUUAAGGGAUAUCGUACAGUACGUAUAAUGGUGACUCACCCUUUAAAACUGAGGCACAGGAAGUCGCCGGAAGAGAAGAGCGUGCGCAGUGCGCAAGAGCGGUGCGAGGAAGACAUCAAAAACAUCCACAGGAGUUUAGGGUGUCAGGCAGGGCACAUCAUCACACAGCAUUGCGACAUCACACAGGAGAUUAUCGAAAGACAUUAUGAGGAGACAUUUGUCGAAUGGACUUUUGCAUGGCAGAAUGGAUGACACAGUGACGUGCAUUACGUAGUGAGAAAGAAAGAGAUCGCAUUCAUUUCAAGGCUCUUCCUAACCCAAAUCAAAAGUUCCAAUGAUAUAUCAUAUAUAAUAUAUGGUAUUAUCCUGCGGGAGUUUUGGGAACUUAUCGAUCUCGGUCGAUAACGUAGAAAUCACAGGGCCGUCUCAUAGAAAAAAAAAGGUAUGGGCAGUAAGAAUACUGGCUGGAUUCUUUGUUAUUUGAUUCCAGAAGAACGUAUAUGAAGAUAAUGGACAAUAGGAUGUAAUAAUAAAGGAUGUUACUACUGUCUGGAUGGAUAAUAUAAUUAUGAUAGGACGACACCUAUCGGAAUAUAUUGAUGUCUCUAACUGUAUAAAAUAACAUGAAAUAGUGCGAAUCGUAUUUUUUCACCUUUUUCAACCGUCUUAGAUAUUUUGAUCGUGAAAUUUUAACGGAAUAUAUUCUCCGUCAGUCUGUCCGAGUCUAUGCUCCGUUAUUGUAUUAAAAAUAUGAUAAACAUGUAAUAGACUAGUGAGUAUGUGCGAGGCGCAUGACAGACGUCGGACGAGGACAUGUGACUUAUUUUUUUCGUUGCAUUUUCAAGGUUACACAUAUAUUCAGGAUGGUUAAACGGAGCAUAGAGGUGGCAAAUUAAAUGAAAGUAAGUCGCGGAAAAUCCUCGCUUGUGUCCUUAUAAUUCAAGAUGGCUGAUCUGGGUCCGGAAGAGCCUUAAACCAAUAAAAUUCCAUUAUACUAAACUUUAUUAUUCGUUUAACAAAAACCCUAACUCUGUUCUUGUCAGUCGGGUCUCAAGAGGACGCAUCGCUAUCUGUAGUUAAACACUUAAAAUGCACUCUUAUAAUAUGCAUGUAUGUGCAAUGUAGCAUUGGAACGGUUUACAUAAGUGAUGUGUAAUUGUAGCUAAGGCAAGGUUGAAACUGCACUGUAUUACAUCGCAAUACUUCACCAAAAUUAAAAGUCAAUAGUAGAUAAGAAUGUAUCUAUAUGCUGAACUUGUAUAGUGAAAACAAUUUUUUACAUGAA